UUUAAUUGAAGCUUCACUUUAUCCAAUCGAUGCCAAAGGAUCGGAAAAUGGUUACCAUUACAAAGUUUUCCCGAUUGAAAAUGAUGAUAACAUUAAACAACCAAUGUUACGAACAUACGGUAUAAUUGCAAUGGAUGAUUAUUACGAUGGGUCAACUAGAAGAGGAACAAUUACGAUUACAAGACGAAAUUCUGCCAAGCAAUAUUUUUAUGAUCUAUCAUCAAACGAAGCUUUCAUUAUUUAUGGCAAUGAUACAUGUACUUCAAUUGAUUUAACGCCAGAAAAGAAACAGGACAUCGUUCGACAAUGGGCAGAUUUCUUACCUACUAAUAUCACUGAUGGUGCACUUGGACCUGCUGCGUUUUUACUCACAAAGGAAAAUUCAUUCUCCUAUGAAACGUUCAAAUCAAUCUGGUCUUUUGAGAAAUUGAUCUUUAAACCUGGUUUACACCUUCCUUAUGGGUUUGGGUGUAAAAGACCAUUGAAAUAUGACCAAGUGGUGCCAAUAUUAGCUGUUGAAUCGCCUUCUUUCAUACUCAAAAUGGAAGCCAAUCUUUAUUACAACAGCAUUGAUUCAAUAAGCAUGGUGAAACACAACGGAAUCUUUUCAUAUGAUGUAUCUGGUGAUCCUCCAUUAAGGAUAAUUCAUGUUCCAAGUUUAUUGAUUGACUACAUCAUUGAUCGCUCAACUGACCACUGCUAUUUUACGGAAUCUAUUUUGGUUAAAGGAAGUUACCUGAGGUGGCCUUAUGAUAGGAAAUAUUUUACAAACAACCUUCUUUCACCGUCAUUGUUGAAAUUGGAGAGACACGAUUUAAACUAUUUUGGAGCUGAACGAUUGGAAUCAAUCAACUAUGAAAUCUUUGAAAAAUCAGUCGACAAUUUUUGGCUUACAGAUGCUGCAAUUGGUCCAACCAUAAUCACUUAUUUCAUUCCUACUGGUGUCAAGAAGAGGCCAAUAAAGAUCAGAAUGUUGCAGUUUAAUGGAAAAAGUCAUCGGGAAUAUUGGAUCACAUAUCAGGAUAGCAUUGAUGGAUUUACUGAUGAUCCUUCCAGAUUUGAUUUGAGAAACUGCUUCAAUAAAGAACCCACAUGGCUUCAGAUUGUAUUCCCAGUUGUACCACGUGGACUCUUUUCCAUAAAAUACUUGGAUUAUCUAUUGGAAAGUGAAUUACGUAAAAAGCUUGAUUUUAUUCCGAUUAAUCGAUUACCUGUGAUAAAAGUUGGUCAUUAUGGACCGAGCAUUUAUGUCACUGUUGGUCUGUUGGAAGGUGUAGAUAUAAGAUUGGAAUAUAUCGACUCAACAUUAUCUCUUAACCCAAGUUCAAGUGAAAUUGAAGACAGUGACAAGAGCUGUUCAUUUUUAUGUUCCGAUAAUCCUGAUUGUCACGCAUUCUCUUACUGUCACAAUAGAAGAUGUAAUUUAUUCAAUAUCGCCUCGUCUCAAACGAUCUCAUUACCAAUCGUAAAGGCAAAUUGUACUUUGUUUGUUUCUCGGACGCUCAACAUUGAAAGUGACGAGAAAAAAGAUCAACUAAACCAGAUUGCUAGCACAUCCAAGUUGUUACAUAUGAUUAAUUUGAUGAUUCAACAACAGGAGUUGAACCUAGAAAUUGACACAGUGUGGUUAAGUGCUCAACAUUUAUUCACAGUUUCCCAUCCAGAUGAACUAGGUGGUUAUGGUGAAAUGUAUAAGGAUGUUGUGGGUCAAAGGAUGCAGUUAAAUGAGUACAAAAUAGUCAUGGACAGUUAUGAGCUGAUUGGUAAUAACCAACUAUUUGGUUUAGCACACAUUGACUGUUUGACUUACUGUCAAAAUGAUGAUGAUUGUUCAACAAUCUCAUAUUGUGCCACUGGAAGUGGGGAAUGUAUAAUUAGUUCAUUAUCAGCUGAUGAAAUUGUUGCAAAUUCAACUAAAUAUACUGAAUUAAACGACCGUUGCUCCAUUUCAGAAAAAUCUUACAUUGGCAAUUUUGACUUAUUACCGGGACGAAGUCUUGGAAAACCAGCUUUACGUGAAAUUAAGGGAAAAUCACCUGAAGAUUGUGCUAAAGCAUGUAUGAAUGAGAAGUCAUUCAAUUGUGAUGCCUUUGAUCAUUGCUCACCAGAUUUAAUCAACACUCAUUGUUAUCUCUAUAACUUUCAUUCUGAUGCUAAUGUUUUGGCAAAAAGCUCAUUACAAAUAUGGAAUAAUGAGGAAAAAUCUUGUAAUCAUUAUGCGAGAAAACUCUCUAAAGAUUAUAGUCAAUUUAUUGGCAGAAAAUUUUCUGGUCAUGACUCGGUUAUCGCAACUAUUGAGCAAAAUUCACUGGAAAAUUGUGCCUCAGCAUGUAGCUCUGUUCAAGAAAAUUGUUUUUCAUUUGAAUAUUGUCAAUUUACUGAUGAAACCAGAUCACCAAAUAUACUUAGAAGAUGUCGACUUUCAAGUGAACAAAUAUUAACACAGGAUGAACAUAUCAAGAAGACAAGUGAUUUUUGUUCAGUUUACAGCAUUUUAAGGAAUAACGAUCAUGUCCAAAGAUCUUUACCACUCGAUAAACCUGAAGAGCAUCCUCACUUUUAUCUCACUUUGUUUCUCGGAUUUAUCGCAACUAUUUCAGGAACUAUUAUUUCGGCAUUUCUUACUUCACUAUUCUUGGCAAAGAAACAAUCUUAAUUUAUUAUCUCAAUACAAAAAAUGAGUACAUUUAUAUGAAAAGAAAUAUUUUAUAAAUGUUUCUGUGAACAAUCAGUGUUUAAACUGGUAAAAGCUCAAGUUUGGUCAUUUGUAAAAAUUUAGUAACAACAAAUCAAACCAGACAAAUGAGACGAACUUAUUAAAUGUAAAAAGGACAAAAAAAUGUCCGAAUGAUCCUUUUUAUGAACUCCUCGAUUUUUUGGUAAAUCAGCUUGAAAUUACUUCAAACUUAACUAUUGAUCGAUCAAAAUGUUUGUCUUUGUUUCUGGCAAAUGAAAUAAACACGCAUUUCUUACAUGGAUAGUUGCAGUCUAUUGGUUUUUCACCUACUGCAAGAUUUAUCCAUAUUAAUA